UUUCAGCAGAAUGAGGCAGCCUUUUGCUGCUUAGUGGUUGCCCUCGCAAUUUGUUUACCCUUUGCUUAUACCUAACUUUUGGAUAUCUGAAAGCCUUUUCGUAGCGAUUCUUUAUGCGGUUUUGCUGCACAACAAUUCUGGAUUUCUUUUCUGGCAUUUGAUUCACUUCUUCGCGGCGGCGGGAAGGGAUGGCAUCUUCUUUUAAUUACUUUCUACACCUUGAAUCCCUAACCUGUUCUUCUACUACAACCCAACCGGUUGCUAGAGCAAAUAUCUUGUGUAGGGUGCCUGCCGUGGCCUGCUUCCAAAGAGGCCUUUUCAGAUUUUACGAGAUUGAUUGCGGAAUCGUUCCCUUCGAGGUUGCCGAGAAAAAGAGGCCAAUUUUGCUCGGUGCCGGUUUCAAAAAACGAGAAGGAAAGAAUGGUCUGCAAGCCCUUGAGACGGGGAGUGGUGGUACAGGGGCGGAUGAGGAUGAGGGUGAGGAUGGAGAGCUGGAUAUCGCCGAUGACGCGCUUCGGAAAACAAUCAAGAAGAGCAAAGAGGUUCUGGCAAUGCAGAGGGGUCUGCUCCGCCAGAUAUCAGAAAGAAGGAAGCUAGUCUCUUCUAUAAGAAGUGGUGUUGUUAAUAAAGAACUCAAAGCUGAUAGUAACGACACUGCUAAUUCUUUCUUGAGCAGUGAAAGUUCAUCGAAGGCUGAUAAUGAAGAAUAUAGGGGUACCAACCUUUUUGACGGAUACCAUAAAAAAAUUCCUGAUGAAAUGGAAGCUGAGAAUAGUGAAUCGAUUGCAGAAAUUCUUGGAUUGUCAAGAGAAGCAAGUUCGGAUUCAACUGAGAUCAAUACUCUAUCUCCAUGUCCUUCAAAACCAGAACCUUAUAUUUUAGAAGCCAAGGAUUUUGAGGAGCUAAAACAAGAAAAAAUUCUGGGUGAAAAUUCGGAGCAGAAUAUGGCUUCUAAGGAAGAAAACAAAAGCUUCCAUCCUCUAGCUGGAGAAAAUGUCAUGAAUGUCAUAUUAGCAGCUGCAGAGUGUGCACCUUGGUCCAAAACAGGUGGACUUGGAGAUGUGUCUGCUGCUUUACCGAAAGCUUUGUAUAAGAGGGGGCAUCGAGUUAUGGUUGUGGUUCCACGGUAUGAAAGUUACAACGAGGCUCAUGACAUAGGAGUUCGCAAAAGGUACAAUGUUAACGGGCAGGACAUGGAGGUAGCUUAUUUUCAUGCUUAUAUCGAUGGGGUGGAUUUUGUAUUUGUUGAUAGCCCAAUAUUUCACCACCAUAAAGAUGAUAUAUAUGGCGGAGAUCGAGUGGAUAUUCUAAGAAGGAUGGUUUUGUUUUGCAAGGCAGCUGUUGAGGUCCCUUGGCAUGUUCCUUGUGGUGGCGUCUGUUAUGGAGAUGGAAAUCUCGUAUUUAUUGCAAAUGAUUGGCACACCGCGCUAUUGCCGGUUUAUUUGAAGGCAUACUAUCGAGACCGUGGCUUCAUGAUAUAUGCUAGAUGUGUUCUAGUUAUACACAAUAUAGCACACCAGGGACGCGGUCCUCUGGAUGAUUUCAACCAGGUUGAUUUGCCUAGUCGCUACUUGGAUCUCUUUAAAAUCUCUGAUCCCAUAGGAGGCAUUCACUUCAAUAUCUUUGCUGCCGGCUUAAAAACUGCCGACCGUGUGGUUACUGUUAGCAAUGCGUACUCGUGGGAGCUGAAAACCCCAGAAGGUGGGUGGGGAUUACAUGGGAUCAUAAAUGAAAUUGAUUGGAAAUUCCAAGGCAUUGUGAAUGGGAUUGAUGCAAAGGAUUGGAAUCCUGAAUUUGAUGUGCACCUGCAAUCAGAUGGCUACACAAAUUACACGUUAGAGACAGUGGAUACAGGAAAAGCUCAGUGUAAGACCGCCUUGCAACGAGAACUCGGGCUAUCCGUGCGUGACAAUGUUCCUAUUAUUUCAUUUAUUGGAAGGUUGGACCAUCAGAAAGGCGUCGAUAUUAUUAGGGACGCGAUGCCUUGGAUUGUGAGUCAGGAUGUGCAGCUGAUCCUAUUGGGGUCGGGAAGACCUGAGCUUGAAGAAAUGCUGAGGAGAAUGGAGAGGGAGCAUCAUGAUAAAGUGAGGGGAUGGGUCGGGUUCUCAGUGAAGAUGGCGCAUAGGAUCAUUGCUGGUGCUGAUGUGCUGAUGAUGCCAUCAAGGUUUGAGCCUUGUGGUCUGAAUCAACUAUACGCAAUGAUGUAUGGGACUGUUCCUGUUGUUCAUGCUGUUGGUGGUCUUAAGGAUACUGUUCACCAGUUUGAUCCUUACAAGGAGACGGGGCUUGGGUGGGCAUUUCAGAAGUUAGAGGCUAAUAUGUUGAUCAACGCAUUGCAAAAUUGUUUCAAGACGUACAGAAACUAUAAAAGCAGCUGGAAGGGACUUCAGAGGAGGGGAAUGAUGCAAGACCUCAGCUGGGAUAAUGCAGCUCAGCGCUAUGAGGAUGUUCUUCUAGCUGCUAAGUAUCAGUGGUGAUUAUUGUUUGUUUUCUUUCCAUCCUCAUUUUGUUGUAAACUAUUCUAUCAAUUAGCGUUGGUCAGUGAGUUGUAUGAUGAAUAUUUAUUAAAUAAUAUACACGAGUAG